CUAGGUUUGAGUAGCAGAGGAAAAAGGACGAACAAUCUCUACCCCUUGCUGCCCAGAGCGGAUGAUCACUGCACCCUGUAUCCUCUUCCUGUUUUAUGGCUGGCCUGGUCUGUUUCUGGAGUCUGCACGGUGGCUCAUAGUGAAGCGGCAGAUCGAGGAGGCUCAGUCUGUUCUGAGGAUUCUGGCUGAGCGGAACCGGCCCCAUGGGCAGAUGCUGGGGGAGGAGGCCCAGGAGGCCCUGCAGGAGCUGGAGAACACCUGUCCACUCCCCGCAACAUCCACCUUUUCCUUCGUGGCACUCCUCAACUACCGAAACAUCUGGAAGAAUCUGCUUAUCCUGGGCUUCACCAAUUUCAUUGCCCACGCCAUUGGCCACUGCUACCAGCCUAUGGGAGGAGCGGGGAGCCCAUCAGACUUCUACUUGUGCUCCCUGCUGGCCAGCGGCACAGCGGCCCUGGCCUGUGUCUUCCUGGGAGUCACCGUGGACCGAUUCGGCCGCCGAGGAAUCCUGCUUCUCUCUAUGACUCUCACUGGCAUUGCGUCCCUGGUCCUGCUGGGCCUGUGGGAUUAUCUGAAUGAGGCUGCCGUUACCACCUUCUCUGUCCUUGGGCUCUUCUCUUCCCAAGCUGCUGCCAUCCUCAGCACCCUCCUUGCUGCUGAAAUCAUCCCUACCACUGUCCGGGGCCGUGGCCUGGGCCUGAUCAUGGCACUGGGGGCCCUCGGGGGGCUGAGUGGCCCUGCCCAGCGCCUCCACAUGGGCCAUGGAGCCUUCCUGCAGCACGUGGUGCUGGCGGCCUGUGCCCUCCUGUGCAUCCUCAGCGUUAUGCUUCUGCCGGAGACCAAGCGCAAGCUCCUGCCGGAGGUGCUCCGGGAUGGGGAGCUGUGCCGCCGGCCCUCCUUGCUGCGGCAGCCACCGCCUAACCGCUGUGACCACGUCCCGCUGCUUGCCACCCCCAGCGCUGCCCUCUGAGUGGCCUCCGUGAGCACUCUGGCGGGAGGCUGGCCCGUAUGGAAAGGUGGCGGAGGACCCCGGCAAGAAGGCUAGGAAGACAGUGAGGAAGGCAGGGCUCCACGGAGGGCUUGGAGGUGCCUCACGCCAGCCGUCCAGGAGAGCUCAGAGGGCUGUCCCCACCCCCACCUCCUCCCUGCUGCUUUGUGUUCACUUCUUGCGCAAGAGUCAGGGGACAGGGAGGGAGCUCCAGCACAGCUGCUGGGUCUGGGCUCCAUCCUGUGCCCAAAGACGUCCUCCCAGGCCUCGUUCUUUCUUGCUCUAUCAUCCUGUUUCAAUAAAGACAUUUUGAAUAAAUGAGCACAUCAUAGCCUGAA